AUGGAACAAGAACCUAAUAUUGCGCAAGAAAAAACACUACUUGAAUAUUUUUCACCUAUUUCAUCUAAUGCUCCAUCAUGCAUUGUUUUGCCUACUACUAAUGCCACUCAUUUUGAACUUAAACCUUCAAUCAUUCAAUUGUUGCCUUCUUUUUAUGGUUUAGAAAGAGAAGACCCUUACAUGCAUGUAAAAGAUUUCUUAGAUAUUUGCUCAACUUUUCGUUUUCAAAAUUUUUCGGAUGAAUCGGUUAAGCUUAGGUUGUUUCCUUUUUCUUUAAAAGAUAGAGCCAAAGCUUGGUUAAACUCACUUCCAACCGGAACCAUAACAACUUGGGAUCAACUUUUUAAUAAAUUUCUUGCCAAAUUUUUCCCCAUGUCCAAAACUGAUAAUUUAAGAAGAGAAAUCUCCGAAUUUUAUCAAAAAGAUAAUGAAGAAUUUUAUGAAUGUUGGGAAAGAUUUAAAGAUUUAUUAUUAAAAUGCCCCCACCAUGGUUUUGAAAAAUGGAGACUUGUAAAAUAUUUUUAUGAUGGUUUAACCCCUUCAAACCGACAAAUGAUUCAAUCUAUGCAUACCGGAAAAUUUUUGAAAUUACAAGGGCAAGAGGCUUGGGAAGCUCUUGAAGAAUUGUCUGUUAAUUCACAACAAUGGAAUUAUUCUGAGCCUAGGUCUAGAGCAAAUAAUUCACCUAAAAGAGGAGGAAAAUAUGAAAUUAAAGAAGAAACUGAUUUGAGAACAUCUUUUGAAAAAUUAGCAAGAAAAGUAGAAGCCUUAGUCAUAAGUCAAACUAUGAAUUCUCAUGUUCAACCUAAAAAAGAUGUUUGUGCUAGUACUUGUCAUAAUGAUCAAUCAUGUCCUUCUUUUCUUGAAACAUUUUCCGAAGAGGCUAAUGCAUUACAUUCAUAUGGUAAACCAAAUGAUAGCCCAUUUUCUAACACAUACAAUCCUAAUUGGAGAAACCAUCCAAAUUUUUCAUGGAGACAAAACCAACCACAAAUGAACCAAGGAAACCAAUUCAACAUGCCAAAUCCGAAUCAUGCCCAACCAAGUCAACCUUACCCUCCACAAAGAAAGCCUUCCUUAGAAGACACUUUACAACAAUUCAUGCAAUCCACCCAACAAAUCAUGCAAAAUCAAUCUCAAUCCAUUGCCAAACUUGAGACACAAUUGGGUCAACUUGCCAAUGCCGUAACUGAGAGAGAAAAAGGAAGAUUUCCUAGCCAACCCGUCCCAAAUCCUAAAGGCCAAUAUGAAGUAGGAGUUCCUAGUCAUAAAGAAGAAGCCAAGUCUAUUUCAACUCUUAGGUCCGGAAAAUAA